CGCUGGAUGGGGGGCCGAGGCCAGCCAGUGGCACCUGGAAGAAAGAGACGCGGCGGCGGCGACGACGCACACUCCCGCAGGACAAGUGUCCGGAGCUGCCUGCGAGCCCAGAGAGGAGGCGCCGAGGCCCGGCCCCCGCAGUCCCUGGUGUAGAGGAGGCGCCGCCGGCGCGCCAGUGACUCCCUGGGCACCCGCCCCUCAGGUUUCAUUCACACUCAGGACCCAGCGUGCUGCGCCAUGUUUAAGAAACUGAAGCAAAAGAUCAGCGAGGAGCAGCAGCAGCAGCUGGCGCUGGCUUUUUCUCAGGCAUCCUCCAAUUCUUCAACACCAACAAGAAGUCGAAGCAGGGCAUCUUCAAUUACAGAGCAGCUUGAUGAUGGCACACCUGAUACAGAGCUGCUAGCCGGGAUGAUAGCAGAGCCUGCUUUUCUCUCUGAAUAUACUAUUUUUGCUUUGGAUCCCUCCAAACAGCUUAAAACACAGAGUGACAGUGUGAAUGCAUCUGUCGAAGCCCUGAAAUCUCCCGACAGUGUUAAUGGAAGUGAACCAGCUACUACUCCUCAGUCCAGUGACUCACAGUCUUUUGCACAGAAGCUUCAGCUCCGGGUACCUUCUAUGGAGUCUUUGUUUCGAAGUCCCAUAAAGGAAUCCCUGUUCCGAUCUUCCUCUAAAGAAUCCUUGGUACGCACAUCUUCCAGAGAGUCCCUGAAUCGGCUUGACCUGGAGUGUUCCACCCCUUUUGAUCCACCUUCUGACAUGGAGAGUGAAGCUGAAGACUCACUCGGGAAUUCAGACAGUCUCAGCAAAGAACAGUUAAUUCAUCGUUUGAGAAGAAUGGAACGAAGUUUAAGUAACUACAGAGGAAAAUAUUCUGAGCUUGUUACAGCUUAUCAAACUCUUCAUAGAGAGAAGAAAAAGCUACAAGGUAUAUUAAGUCAGAGUCAGGAUAAAGCACUUCGGAGAAUUGGAGAAUUAAGAGAGGAGCUUCAAAUGGACCAACAAGCAAAGAAACAUCUCCAAGAGGAGUUUGAUGCAUCGUUAGAGGAGAAAGAUCAGUAUAUCAGUGUUCUUCAGACUCAGGUUUCUCUGCUAAAACAUCGAUUGCAAAAUGGCCCAUUGAAUGCUGAGUUACCUAAACCACUGCCCCAGAUGGAGUCGCAGCCCGAUGGACUCACCAAAGAAGAGAAUGCUGAGCAUAAUGUGGAGCCAGUAGUAGGGGGAGAUGGAGCUUCUUCUAAAACACUGGAAACACUUCAGCAAAGAGUUAAGCGUCAAGAGAAUCUCCUUCAGCGUUGUAAGGAAACAAUCCAGUCACAUAAGGAAAAGUGUACACUGUUAACCAAUGAAAAAGAAGCACUGCAAGAACAACUAGAGGAAAGGCUUCAGGAACUAGAAAAGAUGAAGGAGCUUCAUAUGGCUGAGAAGACUAAACUUAUCACUCAGUUGCGUGAUGCAAAGAACUUAAUUGAACAGCUUGAACAAGAUAAGGGAACGGUGAUAGCAGAGACAAAACGGCAGAUGCAUGAAACCCUGGAGAUGAAAGAAGAAGAAAUUGCUCAACUUCGAACUCGUAUCAAACAGAUGACUACCCAGGGAGAGGAAUUAAGGGAACAGAAAGAAAAGUCUGAGAGAGCUGCUUUUGAGGAACUUGAAAAAGCUUUGAGUGCAGCCCAAAAAACAGAAGAAGCACGGAAAAAAAUGAAAGCAGAAAUGGACGAACAAAUUAAAGCUAUUGAGAAGACAAGCGAGGAGGAGCGCGUCAGUCUGCAACAGGAAUUAAGUCGGGUGAAGCAGGAGGUUGUGGACAUAAUGAGAAAAUCCUCAGAGGAACAAAUCACUGAGUUACAGAAGCUUCAUGAAAAGGAGCUGGCCAGCAAAGAGCAGGAGCUGACCAAGAGGUUUCAGGCUCAAGAAAGAGAAUUUCAGGAGCUAAUGAAGGUGGCUCUAGAAAAGAGUCAGUCAGACUAUUUGAAGAUCACCCAAGAAAAAGAACAGCAAGAAUCUUUGGCCCUGGAAGAGCUAGAGUUGCAGAAAAAAGCAAUUCUUGCAGAAAGUGAAAAUAAACUUAGGGAGCUUCAGCAAGAGGCAGAGACUUACAGAACUAGAAUUCUUGAAUUGGAAAGUUCCUUGAACAAAAGUUUACAAGAAAGCAAAAAUCAAUCAGAAGAUUUAGCUAUUCAUUUGGAAGCUGAACAAAAUAAGCACAAUAAAGAAAUCACAAUUAUGGUUGAAAAACACAAGACAGAAUUGGAAAGUCUAAAGCAGCAGCAAGGUAACCUUUGGACUGGAAAACUCGAAGUCUUCAAGCAACAGCAUCAGGCAGAAAUAGAAAACCUGAGAGAAAAGUAUGAACAAGAGAAAGAAAUACUGCUGAAAGACAAAGAGAUUCUUUUCCAGGCCCACAUAAAGGAGAUGAAUGAAAAAACUUUAGAAAAACUUGAUGUGAAGCAAACAGAACUGGAAUCCUUAUCUUCUGAACUGUCUGAAGUAUUAAACACCCGUCAGAAACUAGAAGAAGAACUUUCUGCAGUAAAGGACCAGGCAGAUAAAGUGAAGCAGCAGUUAGAGGCCAAACUGGAUGAACAGAGAAACCUUCACCAGCAACAAGUUGGCAAUAUCCUUAAAGAACAAGAGCUGUCAUUUCAGAAAACAGAGAAAGCAUUGAAAGAGGAAAUUAAUCAACUUGGGCUUCUCUUAAAGGAAAAGGACCAGCAUUUGAAAGAGCAUCAAGCUCAUGUGGUGAACUUAGAGGCAGAUAUUAAGAGGUCUGAAGGGGAACUCCAGCAGACUUCUGCUAAGCUGGAUCUUUUUCAGUCAUACCAGAGUAUCUCAGAUGACCAGGCAAAAGCAUGUGAGGAACAGUUGGCCCAAUUGCAGAAAAGGUUGUUAGAUUUAGAAGCAGAAAGACUUCUUCUCACCAAACAGGUAGCUGAAAUUGAAACACAAAAGAAUGAUGUUAGUACUGAGUUAGAAACUCAAAAAACGCAGGUUCAGGAAUUAAUGCAGCAACUUGAAAAACAGAGUAGUGAAAUGGAGCAAAAACUAAAAUCCCUAACCCAACUCUACGAGUCCAAACUGAAAGAUAUUAACACAGAGCAGGAACAGACAAAGCAAAUAGUGAUGGAGAAGGAAACUUUAAUUUUACAAAUGAGAGAAGGACAGAGCAAAGAGAUUGAAAUACUCAAACAGAAAUUGUUAGCCAAGGAGGACAGUAUUCGUACUUUGCACGAGGGAUAUGAAACCAAAUUUAAAAACCAAGAAAAAAAGAUGGAAAAAAUUAAGCAGAAAGCCAAGGAGGUGCAAGAAACAUUAAAGAAGAAAUUGGUGGAUCAGGAAGCCAAACUUAAAAAAGAGCUUGAAAACACUGUUCUAGAACUUAGUGAGAAAGAAAAACAGUUCAAUGCCAAAAUGUUAGAAAUGGCACAGGCUAACUCAGCUGGAAUCAAUGAUGUGGUGUCAAGACUGGAAACAAACCAGGAGGAGCAAAUAGCAAGUCUUACUGAGGUGCACCAGCGAGUGCUCAGUGAUGUCAUCGUAACCUGGGAAAAGAGACUUAACCAGCAAGCUGAAGAACUGCAGGAAAAACAUGAAGCUCAGUUACAGGAAAAAGAACAAGAGGUGGCAGAUCUGAAACAAAAGAUCCUCAUAUUUGGAUGUGAAAAAGAAGAGAUGAACAAGGAAGUAGUGUGGCUGAAGGAAGAAGGUGUGAAGCGGGUUACGGUAUUAGAUGAAUUACAGGAACAGUUAAAGCAGAAGUCUGCUCAUUUGAAUUCUCUCUUGCAAAAUGAAAAUAAACUGAAAGCACAACUUGAAAAACUAGAGGUUGACCUAAGUCAUUCUCUGAAGGAGAAUAGUCUUCUUCAGGAGCAGCUAAUUGAACUAAAGACACUGGCAGAACAAGAUAAGCUUAAGGUUUCUGAGUUGACUGACAAACUAAAAGCCACAGAUGAAGAAUUCCAGAAUUUGAAAUAUUCACAUGAACAAAGUAAGAAAAAUCUAGAGGACAAAAGCUUGGAAUUCAAGAAGUUGUCAGAGGAAUUAGAUAUUCAUUGUAAGAAAACGGAAGCCGUACUACAACUGAAAACAAAUGAGCUAGUCGACAUUAGCAAUAGGAAAAUUAAUGCCAUUCUUUCUAGAAUUUCACAUUGUCAACGCCACACAAGUAAAGUUAAGGAGACACUACUAAUUCAAACUUGCAAAGUUUCUGAAUUAGAAGCACAACUUAAACAACUUACAGAAGAGCAAAAUACACUACAGAGUUCUUUUCAACAGGCUACCUAUCACCUAGAGGAAAAGGAAAGGCAAAUUAAGAGCCUGAAGGCUGACAUUGAUGGUCUUGUCUCAGAAAAAGAGGCCUUACAGAAGGAAGGAGGCAAUCAGCAACAGGCCGCCUCUGAAAAGGAGUCUUGUAUCACACAGCUAAAGAAAGAGCUCUCUGAAAACAUCAAUGCCGUCACAUUGAUGAAAGAAGAACUUACAGAAAAAAAAUCUGAGAUCAGCAGUCUUAAUAAGCAACUAACUGAUUUGAAUGAUCAACUUCAGAAGAGCAUUAGCCUAACGGAAAAAGAAGCAGCCAUUUCAUCACUAAGUAAGGAGUACGAUGAAGAACGGCGGGGAUUGCUGGAGCAGGUGCAGGAUCUGUCUUUGAAAGUUGACACUCUGGGUAAAGAGAAAACCUCUGCUCUUGAGCAGGUAGAUCAGUUGUCCAACAAAUUUUCAGAGUGGAAGAAAAAAGCACAGUCAAAAUUUACACAGAAUCAAAAUACUAUUAAAGAGCUGCAGAUGCAGCUUGAGUUAAAAACGAAGGAAGCCAGUGAGAAGGAGGAGCAGCUAAAUGUAUUAAAGGAAGACCUUGGCCAGCAAAAUAAAAGAUUUGAAUGUUUAAAGGGUGAAAUGGAAGAUAAGAAGAGUAAGAUGGAGAAAAAGAAAUGUAAUUUAGAGACUGAGUUAAAAACUCAAACAGCAAGAAUUGUGGAGUUAGAAGAAAAUAUUACUCAGAAAACAAUGGAAAUUGUGUCCUUACGUGAAGUCCUUAAAAGUUGCAAUCAACAAAAGGAUAUUGAACAGAAGGAACUGGUUCAAAAACUUCAGCACAUCCAAGAGUUAGGAGAAGAAAAGGACAAUAGGGUUAUAGAAGCUGAAGAAAAAGUAUUAAGACUUGAAAAGCAACUAUCUUCUAUGAAGUCUGAACUUGAAACUCAGAAUAAAGAAUUGGAACGUGUGAAUUCAAGUGUGAAAAGCAAAGAGGAGGAGUUAAAGGCACUGGAAGGUAGGCUUGAGUCGGAAAGUGUUGUAAAAUUAGCAGAACUGAAGAAAAAGGCUGAACAAAAAAUUGCCGCCAUCAAGAAACAGUUGUUAUCUCAAAUGGAAGACAAGGAGCAGCAAUAUAAAAAAGAUAGAGAAAGCCAUUUAAGUGAGCUAAAUACAAAAUUACAAGAGAGAGAGAAGGAGAUUCUCAUCUUGGAAGAAAAACUUAAAUCAGUAGAACGUUUACCACAACCAGAAACAUCAGUUGUUCCCAAGUCAGCAAAAAACGUGGCAGCGAGUAACAGACAAGAAGCAGCAGAUUCCCAAGGUGGUUUGCCUAAAGUACACGAAGAAACAAUACGGGACUUACAGAGGAGUUUAACUGAGAAAGAAAUGUCAUUACAGAGGCUGGAGCAGGAAAAAGAGGAGAGACUCUCUUCUCAUUCUGAAGUUCUUUGUAAAUACCAGGAACUCUUAAUAAAGUUAGAACAUGCUGAAACAAAGCAACAUGAGGAUCAAGUCAUGAUAAAUCAUCUGAAGGAAGAACUGGAAGAAAAAACCAAGAACUACGCCUUAGUAGUAUCCCAGCAUAUGGAAGGAGGAGGGAAAAAUCACACAGGAUCAGAGUUGUCCUUAGCAAAUGUGGAUGAUGAUGUCCAGAAAGCUCUCCAGGAGAAGGAACGAACCUGUCAGAGCUUGGAGCAGAAGAUAAAAGAGCUGGAUUCGUGCUUAGUAAGAGAGAAGGAAAUACAUAGAGUUGAAAUGGAAGAGUUGACCUCGAAAUAUGAAGAAUUGCAGGCUUUUCAACAACAAAUGGCCAGAAAAAAUAAAUCCACAGAAUUUCUAGAAGAAAGUGCUGAAAACACAUCAAAAUCACAUGUGGUCCGAACUAAAUUACUUGGUAACAUGGAGACCCAGCACAAUGACCUGGAAUUUAAGUUAGCUGGGGCUGAGCAGGAGAAGCAGAGGCUGGGCAAGGAGAUUGCUAAAUUGCAGAAAGAUUUUCGAAUAUUGCGGAAGGAGCAUCAGCAAGAAUUGGAUAUAGUAAAGAAAGAAUGUGAGAAAGAAAUGGAGGAGAAAAUCAAACUGGAGCAAGAAGAUCUUGAGUUGAAGCACAAUUCCACAUUGAAACAGCUGGUGAGGGAGUUUAAUACACAGCUCGCACAAAAGGAACAGGAGCUGGAAAUGACCAUCAAAGAAACCAUCAGUAAGGCUCAAGAGGUGGAAGCUGAACUUUUGGAAAGUCAUCAAGAAGAGACAAAUCAGUUACAUAGAAAGAUUGCAGAGAAAGAAGAUGAUCUAAAAAGAACAGCCAAAAGAUAUGAAGAAAUCCUUGACGCUCGGGAAGAAGAAAUGACUGCCAAAGUAAUGGCCCUACAGGCUCAAGUUGAGGAGCUGCAAAGGCAACAGCAGGAGGAGAGCCCUGGCCACGAUAAAGUGACAAUUGAGGAACUACAGACACAACUAGCACGGAAGACUACUCUUAUCAGUGACUCUAAGUUGAAAGAGCAAGAGUUCAGAGAACAGAUUCAUAAUUUACAAGACUGUUUAAAGAAAUAUGAAAAGAAUGUAUAUGCAACAAAUGUGGGAACACCUUAUAAAGGUGGCAAUUUGUACCAUGCCGACGUCUCAGUUUUUGGAGAACCAACCGAGUUUGAGUAUUUGCGAAAAGUGCUUUUUGAAUAUAUGAUGGGUCGUGAGACUAAGACCAUGGCAAAAGUCAUAACCACUGUUCUGAAGUUCCCUGACGACCAGACUCAGAAAAUUUUAGAAAGAGAAGAUGCUCGGCUAAUGUUAACUUCACCUCGCAGUGGUAUCUUCUGAGUAAACCAUCAGUCUGUGCUUAGUUAGCAUGUGGUCAUGGCUCCGAUCCUCACCUUAAAGAGACAGCGAGUGCUGUUGGUGGACAAAGGCCUGCUGCUUGGAGCACUGUCCACAGCUGUCAUUCGUUGAGAAGGAAGCUGUUGCUCAGGGCUUCGCGUAGCCAAAAGCCUCAGAUAAGGCUGACGUUGGCCCACAGAUCGAUUGCAGACUUCCUUUAGAAUAGAUUUUUAUCAGUAGAGAAACGGUGACAGGAUUUUUCUUUUUACUUUAGUUUUCUGUUGGGAAGAGUUUUAUGUUGUUUAAAAGAUAUUUUUAAUAACUUGAUUUAUGAGCUCACCUAAUAUUCCUUCUAUUCUUUUUGUCCUUUUUAGAGAACUGCUUGCUUUCCUAUUUAUUUUUAAGAUGAUUUUUAAAAAAGACUUGUGCAAUACAUUUCGAGGUAAAACUUAGUGGCUUUUUUCCUGACAAAUUAGAGCAUUUAAUUGACUAUUUUAUCCAGAUGGAUUUGUUGAAUAUUGGCAGAAGACUUGCUGUGUAAGCUAUGAUGUGAUAAAUUAAAUGGCAGUACCUCAUUGUUUACUUAGCUUUUGUACUUAUACUUUUCAAAAGGAAAAUUCUACUGUAAAUUGUAAAUAGUCACUACAUAAUUGUUUGAUGCAGAUCCGUGACACUGACAGUCACCUGCGAGGACAGAGAAAUAAAGUCUAUUUACUGUA